AUAUUAGCACGUUAACUGUGUGGGACAAAGUGAGCGCAGCAUCAUCUGUUUGGGGUUUAUCGAGAUGUAAGGUGCAACAGACCAUUGUAAAAUGACAGUUUUCAUCGUCGGUAUUCUAAUUAUAUGGAACGCAAUGGCCUCUGGAGAUAUUGCUCAGAUUACGGAGGCUCUGGCCAAGACUCAUGUUGGAGAAGUGGAAUUAAGUUAUAAGGGACGAGGGCUAAAGUUGGACAAUGCUGAGUCGGUGAAAGAGAUGGUGAAAGAGAUUGAACAGUGUCAGGGUUUGCAGUCCCUCAGAUUAGAGGGAAACACACUGGGGGUUGAAGCAGCACAGGCCAUUUCCAAGGCUCUUGAAGCUAAAAGUGAAUUGGAGCAAUGUCAUUGGAGUGACAUGUUCACGGGUCGCCUUCGCUCUGAAAUUCCACCUGCUCUGAAAUCAUUGGGCAAUGCUUUGAUGACAUCAGGGGCCAGACUGAUUCAGCUGGACUUGAGCGACAAUGCCUUCGGCCCUGAUGGUGUAAAGGGAAUUGAAAGCCUCCUGAAGAGCCCUGUGUGCUACACCUUACGUGAGCUCAGGCUUAAUAAUUGUGGCAUGGGCAUUGGAGGGGGGAUGGUCCUGGCUUCUGCAUUGACUGAAUGCUACAAGCAAUCUAGUGCAGCUGGCUCCCCCCUGAAGUUAAAAGUCUUCAUAGCUGGACGUAAUCGUCUGGAGAAUAAUGGUACCACUGCACUUGCCAAAGCAUUUAAGGUGUUAGGCAGUCUUGAGGAGGUCCAUAUGCCACAGAACGGAAUCAACCAUCCUGGUAUCACGGCUUUAGCCGCUGCCAUGAAGCAUAACCCAAACCUCCAGGUCCUCAACCUCAAUGACAACACUUUUACUAAGAGAGGAUCGAUAGCCAUGGCAGAGGGCAUUAGGUUCCUCCGUUGUCUUAAGGUCAUCAAUUUUGGGGACUGUCUGGUACGCUCAGAAGGUGCUAUUGCUAUAGCAGGGGCCCUUAGAGAGGGACUGCCAUUCCUCAGGGAGCUGAAUUUGUCAUUUGGAGAGAUUUGCGAAGCUGCGGCUUUGGUAGUUGCAAAGGCUGUUCAGGGCAAAGCUGAUCUGGAGAAACUGGACCUUAAUGGAAACUGCUUUGGAGAGGACGGCUGUGAGGCUCUCAGGGAAGCGAUGGAGAGCAUGAACAUGGAAGAGCUGCUGGGCUCGCUCAGUGAUGAUGAAGGAGAGCCUGAUGAAGAUGAUGGAGAGCCUGAUGAAGAUGAUGAUGAUGAGGAGGAUGAUGAUGAGGAUGAGGAGGAGGAGGAGGGGGGGAAGGAAAAUGGUGUCAAUGGAACAAAAGAUAUCAUUGAAGAAAAGGAAGAGCCUCACUGCAGUUCUGAGUUUACAUCCUUCCUCAUCUCCCCGUCGGCUGAGAAACUGAUAUCCUUUGGAGCCAAAAGGAUCCAGCUCAUUGAGCAGGUUGAUGUUUCAGAUGCUAGUAAGGUGUCAGAAGUUUUUCUCAAGACCUCCUCCGUAUAUGAAGAUGAACCGGAAGUAAAGCAAGCUGUUUUUGAGACCACUGAUGCCCUGUUGAGGAAAGCCUUUUCCAACUCCCACUCUCAGUCUUCUAGUUUGAUCUUUUCACUGAUAGUGAACCUGGGACUUUUAAAGAGUGAAGAUAAAAAGAUAAAGAAGGUAUCUGUACUGCCUGGACACUUGCUCGCUUUGGAGCACGCAGCUGCACAGGAGUUUUUCCCAGUGGAUCAGGCUGGCAUUCUGGAAGCAUUCGUGUCACGAAAUGGCAAAGUCUUAGAAUCCUGCUCCAGUGCCAGAGAUGCUCUCAAGACCACAUUGGUGAAAAGGACCACUGCUUAAAUCUUAACCCCCAAUACAGAGCCACUGAAAUUACUUAAUACGGGUCAAAUAAUAAUAAUAAAAAAGAAGCUGAAUACCAUACAUGAUACUCUCUAAACUAAUGAUCUAGUUUAUCUU